CUACACUUACGGCUACUUCCUGCCGCGAUCACACAUACUGUAGCUAUAUGUCGAAACAUAAACCAUGAAAGGAGCGUGGUUGAAUCAAUUUGCCUAUGAUGUCAACACUACGAUUUCGAAUCUUAGUAUUCAUGCUAUGUGUUGCAUUGGUUUGCGUGCUAGAUAAUCCUUGUCUAGCUUUAGAGCGAGUAAAAUAUUCCAAACUCGGUCAGACUCGGUCAUUAAAACAAUCCCUGAUUUUCUCAUAUAUCCAUAGUCUCGACUUACUUAAAUCCACACCGAAAGUAACCCAAGUAGACCUUCGCUGGACAAUUGCCGUCCAUUACUCUCCCAGGCCACCUAGGUUGGCCGCACAUGCACACUACAUUGGCCGCACAUCCACUCCAUUUGAACUAAAGUAGCCAUACCAUACAAAUAGCAUAUAAUUUAUACUGUAG